AUGCCUCGUUCUUUUUUGGGAGAAGCAGUGUGUUCUGCUGCGUAUCUUAUUAAUCGGGUUCCCUCCAGUGUCUUGAACUUCCAAACACCAUUACAAGCCCUUCGUCAGUUUUGUGCUCUUCAUUCCACUCCCAAUUUGGAGCCACGAGUCUUUGGAUGUGUAACUUUCGUUCACCUUUAUACACAUCAGCGCAACAAGUUAGAGCCUCGAGCACUUAAGUGCGUGUUUAUUGGCUAUGCCCAACAUCAAAAAGGGUAUCGUUGCUUUCAUCCACCUACUCAAAAGCUCUACAUCACUAUGGAUGUGGUUUUUCGAGAAGAAGAAAUGUAUUUUUCUGGGGGAGUUCAGGCACAGGCGAGUCCAAAUACUGUUGAUGAUCAGUUCGACCUGGAAGGAUUCGUUACUUUGGAGUCAUUAUGUCAUCCAACAGUUCAAAAUGCACUAAUCGUCUCGGUUGACGAUCCAUCUAAUGAGAUACAUCUACAACCAUACCAAUUACCUGUUCGUAAGAAUCGUGGUAUCCCGAAGAUUCAAUAUGAAGCGGAUCCCAAAGCUAAAGUGAAGUACCCGAUUAGCAACCAUGUUUCCACUCAUAGAUUGUCUGCACCAUAUGCCAUGUUGAUCAAGCAACUAGAUUCUUUGUCUACACCAAGCAGUGUAGAAGAGGCUUUGAUGGAUCCAAACUGGAAACAAGCGAUGAAUGAUGAGAUGCAAGCUCUUCAAAAGAAUUCCACAUGGGAACUUGUUCCUCUCCCAAGUGGCAAACGAACUGUGGGUUAUAAAUGGAUUUAUACUAUUAAGUUGAAGGCAGAUGGAUCAAUCGAACGGUACAAAGCUCGAUUGGUGGCAAAAGGAUAUACUCAGAGAUAUGGAGUGGAUUAUCAGGAGACGUUUGCUCUAGUAGCAAAAAUCAAUACUGUACGAAUCCUGAUAUCACUUGCUGCAAACUUGGAUUGGCCAUUACACCAAUUCGAUGUCAAAAAUGCCUUUUUACAUGGUGAUUUAGAAGAAGAAGUUUAUAUGGAUCCUCCGCUUGGAUGUAACUUGAGUUCCGAAUCGAAACACUACGUGUGCAAAUUAAAGAAGUCGUUGUAUGGUUUGAAGCAGUCACCUAGAGCAUGGUUUGGGCGGUUGACAAAGUCUAUGAGGGCAUUCGGAUAA